UCGAUCCAAGAACUGCCCGAAAAGUAACACUGAUUUACAGAUAAGAAACGAACCGGUGAUUUUCAUCCACGGUAAUGGAGAUGCUGCCUUGCAUGCACAAGCACCGCUAGCAACCGGAUGGAGCAGGUCAAUUCAAUACUUUAUGGAGCAAAAUUAUACGGAAGGAGAGUUGUACGCUACAACAUGGGGAGAUGCUUGGGGUACAGGAUCAAUCCUGGACAGUUACAGCACUAUGCACACAUGCAGUAAUUUGCUGUUUUUAAGAAGGUUUGCGUUUUGA